AGCUUAAAGUGCAAUGGCCGCCGUGAUGGUAUGAGCUCUCAUUUCGGUUUGUCAUGGUUAAGUUAGGUUAUAUUGAACAGCACAUUAUUUUUAAGUUUAUAUUUUUAAGAAGGAUAUAAAACUAAAUUUUUAGCUUAAAAAUAACGUUAAACAAUAAGUAAGUGUGCUCUGCAAUAAUCUAAUUUGCUAAUAGUUUGUAGCGAAUAAAAUUUACAAGUUAAAAGUUGAAGAAAAAAAAAUAUUGCUUCAUUUUCAAUAUCGCUACGACACACGAAAGAAGAAUAGUAGAAAAAACGCAAAGGAAAAGCAAAGAAGAGAAAGACCGAAGAGAAGGAAGGAAAAAAAUAGACGACGACAACGAGUGAAGAGAAAUAUCGUGUGCGUGUGACUUUUUUUUAUACGAAUAUUACACUCCGCAUACCUUUAUACAAGCCCGAACACACCACAUAUAUUUAACAAAAAAAAAAAAAAAAAAGAAAAGAAGAAGCAAGUACAUCUCACAUCGCGCGUACAUACAUAUUUGAGAGAAGCAGUUGUGAAAAAUAUUGAGAGAAUUUUUUCGAACGUGAACAACAAUAUACCAACCAAAAUGGAGGAAGAUGAAAGAGGUAAAUUAUUUGUCGGUGGUUUGUCAUGGGAAACAACCCAAGAAAAUCUUCAACGGUAUUUUGCACGUUAUGGUGAAAUAAUCGACUGCGUAGUUAUGAAAAAUAAUGACACGGGUCGUUCGCGUGGUUUUGGCUUCGUUACAUUCUCCGACCCGAACAACGUUGGAAUUGUAUUGAAAAAUGGGCCGCAUACAUUGGACGGUCGUACAAUUGAUCCGAAACCAUGCAAUCCGCGUACAUUGCAAAAACCGAAAAAAGGUGGCGGCUAUAAAAUCUUCUUGGGUGGACUACCAUCCAAUGUCACCGAAACCGAUCUACGCACAUUCUUUGGACGAUAUGGCAAGGUGACCGAAGUUGUCAUCAUGUACGACCAAGAAAAGAAAAAAUCGCGUGGUUUUGGUUUUCUUUCAUUUGAAGAUGAAGGAUCGGUCGAAUGCGUCACCAACGAACGCUACAUCAACUUGAAUGGAAAGCAGGUUGAAAUCAAGAAGGCCGAACCACGCGAUGGCGGUGGAUACAGCAAAAUGAACGCUGAUCCAAACCAAUGGAAUCAUCAUCAAGGAGCACCGUUAGGAAUGAUGCAAGGACCGAAUGGCCAGAUGAAUGGGCCUCAAAUGAAUAUGCCGAUGGGCGCACCAAACAUGAUGCCCGGCUAUCAAAACUGGGCCACGUCUCCACAACAACAAGGCUAUGGUUAUGGUAAUUCAAGUGCACCAAACUCGUACCAAGGAUGGGGAGCCCCACCACAAGGUCCACCACCUCAAUGGUCCAACUACAAUCCACAACAAACAGCUGGUGGUUACAACAACUAUGAUAAUUUGCAAUACAAUUCGACAGCAGGCGGGUCAGCAAAUUGGACAUGGUUACCAAAUCCACCAAACAAUACAGCCGGCACUGGUGGUUCGGGACCGGACAUUUAUUCACGUUCGCAAUGGACAGGUAAUGCUCAAUCGACAACCGGACCAUUGAGCGGUAUUCGCGCUGGACCAGGUAAUUCGGCAUCAAAAAGUGGCUCCGAAUACGAUUACAGCGGUUAUGGAUCUGGCUCUGGCUAUGACUAUGAUUAUAACAACUAUGCAAAGGAUCAAAAUAAUUACACACAACGUUCAUAUGGCAACGAUACAGCUGUAUCCUCACAAUAUCCGCCAAGCCAACAAGCUGUUUAAAUAAUCAUAAAUAACGCCCGUAAAAUAGAAGACGAAAAAGAAGAAGAAAAUUCAAUAAUUUUUUUCUCUCUUUUUCCAUCUCUAAUUAAAUCAAUUAUCAAACAAGAAUAAUAAUAACUACUUUAAACAAGAUUUAAAAAUGGUAAAAACAAAUCAGCAGAUUAAUGAUAACAAGUAUAAAAAAAACGACAAAAAACCCAAAAAAAAUUAUUCAACACAAGCAGAAUAUAUUAUUACUAUUAUGAUGUAUACCUAAUUAUAUAACAAUCUAUAUAUGUAAAGAAAAACGUAAGCAACUCUACACAAAACAAAACAAAAAAAAAACAAGUGGAAAACAACAGCCAAACCGUGUAACUCUAAGCAAAUAACGAGGAAUUCUAUAAUAUCCAAUAGGUUUAUAUAUUUUUUUCUGUUCGCAUUUGACACAGACAGACUAGAGCUAGAACACACACACACACUUUUUGCACACUCAACCACACAUAAAAACACACAUUUCCUUCCUCUUUUAUUUUUCUUUCUUGCGUUAUAUAUUCGUACUUCUAAUUUUUGAUUUCGAUUUAAUUUCAUUUCAUUAGUUUUUUUUUUAAACAAGCAAGCAGAAAUUUAAGAUAGAAUGUUCUUUUUUUCGUUUUAAUGACUGUCAUUCAAUCAUGAGGACAAAACAAGCUUAAGCCCGCGCUCUCCACACAAGACACGGAUUAAAGAGAUAUAUAGUUCGGAUUUAAUUGAAGUAUAAAAAAAAAAGAUUGUAUUAAAGAGAGAAUUUAAAUUUCGUUUUUAAUUUUGCACUCAUUUCGAUUAUUAAUUAUUAUUAAAUAGAUCAUAUCGUGAUUUACUCUACAAAGAAAGAAACGUUUUUUGAUUAGGUGUUUCGCGUACGUGCGCGUGACGAGCAUCAAGCGGUAAAGAUUUAAUGUUUAAACAAAAAUAAAAAUGAUGAACAUAGAUGAAUGAAACUAAAUAGAUUUUAAAGAGAAAAAAAAACAAACGUAAAUUUAGAGCAAACGAUAUAAAGAUUGUACUAAUUUAUAUAAAAAGUAAACAAGGAAAACAUAGAGCAUACAAGAAAAACCCGACUGACACAAAAAUAUAAAAAUAAAGUAAAAAAACAAAUUUGAUAAUAUUUAAAGUAACAGUAAUUCAUAACGAGAGUAAUGCCGUAAAGUUAUAUUUAUACAAGUUUUUAGUAGAUAAAAAAAAGUGAGAAAGAAAUUAAUAUUGAAAAAAUCACAAAUCCCCAAUCAAUAAUAAUAACAACAUUAACAACAACAACAACAUCAAAGUCAUAGCAUGUCAAUUUUUGCCUCUUCUUGGACAACACAAUUUGUUUUUAGCAUUUGAGAUAAACACACGUUGAAUAACAAUCAAAUUUUUAUCAUUGAUUGAUAUAUUACAAGCACGUUACAAUUUCUCUCCCAUUUGUUUUUUUUCUUUUCUCACCACCAAACAAACUGCAGUUAUAUUUUAUAUAUAUAAUCGAACAUUAUAAAUACCAGCACACAAAAUAAACAUUCAAUUUCAAGAUUAUCUUCAUAGUAGGAACAAUUUUUGAUAAAUACAUUUUAUUUUAAUGUAAUAAAAAAAAACCAGGAAGUUUAUAUAAUUGUUCUUUUAAAUACAAAGAAAAAUUGAUUUGCAAGGGUGUGUUAAGCAAAUUGUAUCCAUUAAAAGAUAGAAAGCGAGAGAAAUUAAAUGAUAGCAUUGUUUUAGUAGAUUUAAAAAAAAAUACCAUCAAAAUUAUUAGAAGAAAUAAAAAAUUGUCUGCGACAGCAUAAUUUUCAUUCAUUUUCGUUCCUCAAUUUCCGCAAGCGCGUUGAGAAUGUGAGGAACACACACACUAGAAGCAUAGAUCAUUUGGUUUUUUUCGCGAAUACCACUUGCAAACAUGUUAUGAAAAACGUGGACACCGAUUUUGUUUUGUAAAAAAUGAGAAUUAAUUUUUUUUAGCAAAUAGUGCAUACACAACCGCUGACUUUCACUGUGUAAAAGUUUACGUUUUUUCUUUUUUAUUACUUUUACUAUUUUUUUUUUUUGGAAAAAAACUCUGAUGCUCAACAUGUGCAUUAAAUUUAAAAUAAAUAAAAAUUGGAAUGAGAGAUAAACACAGGAAACACUAAUAAUGAAAACAAAAAUUAUAAUAGGAAAAUUAUACAUGAACACACACUACCUUUUCUUUUGUAAGCACAUAUAAACACCUUUCUUUUUGAUAUAAACAAUUAUAAUUAACAUGCAGAAAAUAA